UGCGUUAUACUUUUGGGAGAAGGGAGGGCCGUAGUCAGCUUAUUUUCAUCAACAAGGUGAGAAAGAGAGGAAAGAAGAGGGGGAAAGAGAAAACAGAAACUACCCGGAUAGGAGAGCAGUAGCAGUGCACUGGGACUCUAUCCGAGAAGCAUGGAUUAUUCAUUUUAAAAAGCCUAGGCUUUAUUAAAUAUUAAACACGUUUUUUAAAGACGCAGGAACUAAGGGAUUGAUUCCUGCUGGGAUUUACAGUAAAAGCGGGUAGCCUUCACCAACGUGACGACGCGACUUGAUUUGGAUUCGGGGCUCCACCGUUUGGCUAUGCGUUGUUGGUUAGAAAGCUCCGCUGCAGUGUUCGCAUAGGGAUGGUACCCCUACGGGUUCACUAACGGACCGAUCCCAUAUCCACCCUCACCCCGGGAACGUGCGAACUAAUAUGCAAUGGUUUUUUGUCCAGAAAUCCCCUGCGUUUCGCCGACUACACGCUAGCUCCGCAUGUCUGUCUGCCGCACCGCUCCCCCUGUGCGGCAGAUGCGAUCUAAAGAGUCUAUUUGGGCUUCUGACGCGCCGGCCAGGCGGCAGCAGCAGUACCCGCAACAGCGAUACCGUUAAGGAGCAGGAGCAAGUGGAGGAAACUGCAGCAUUCGCCUUCAUUCUGAGGUAUAACGAAGCGUUUCUGCAGCUAAGCGCCAACGCGAAGGACCCGGGGAUUCAUCUGUUCUGUUCUAUGGUCCAGCUGGUUGGGCCGAGUCGCAGAGCUAAGCCCAACGGGACCUGGCUGUUAUGCAAGCGGGGGGAGCGAGUCCCCAUGAGGGUGUCUAGGCUGCUGGAGCGCUCCUCGACCAAAUCAAUGAGGUUUCUUUGGAACAUUUACAGCAAAGGAUCGCAUAUGCUGCAGUGUCUUUGUGGCAAGAGUCUCAAGAAAACCAAGAACCCAACUGAUCCACAGCUUAAGGGCAUAGUGACCAGGUUGUACUGCAGACAGGGAUACUACUUGCAGAUGAACCCAGAUGGAUGUCUGGACGGGACCAAAGAUGACGGCACUAACUCCUCUUUGUUCAACCUCAUCCCAGUGGGCCUUCGAGUGGUGGCCAUCCAGUCAGUCAAGAUGGGUCUGUACAUCGCCAUGAACGGGGAGGGACACCUCUACUCAUCAGAGCUGUUUACAGCAGAGUGUAAGUUUAAGGAGUCUGUGUUUGAGAACUACUAUGUGAUCUACUCGUCGAUGCUGUACAGACAGAAUGAGUCUGGGAGGGCCUGGUUCUUGGGCCUGAACAAGGAAGGACAGCCCAUGAAGGGCAACCGAGUGAAAAAGACCAAACCAGCCGCUCACUUCCUGCCCAAACCUAUAGAAGUUGCGAUGUACAAGGAGCCGUCGUUGCACGACGUCAGGGAGACAUUGCCUAAAGUUGCCGGAGUCCCGCCCAGCAAAAGCACAACCAGCGAACCAGUGGCCAUGAACGGGGGCAAACCAAUCAACAAACCCGACCCGAAGGAGACUGCAACAUAACCCUGCCCCCUCCUCUCCCCCCGCACGACAGAGACUUAAGACUCUGCCCACUGCACUCAAACUCUCACCUUGAUUGGUCAAUUAUGGGCUAAGUCCCACCUCCUCUCUCUUUCUCUCGCUCAUUCUCUCUCUCUCUCUCUCUCUCUCUCUUUCUCUUUUUGGCUGAUUCGGUGCAGUGGUGUUCGAGAUGAGGAAAUGGACCACUCCAUUUGGGGGAUGGGGGAGGUGGAAGGGAGAAGAGGAGGGGAGAAGGAGAAGGAGGAGGAAGGGAAGGAGGAGGAGGGGGAUUGGCUGAUUUGUAUCGGCUAGAUAAACUACAAACUUGGACAGCAGAAUGCCCUACCUACGUGAUAUGGAAUGCCUUUUUCAAAUCCUUACGAUUAUUUUUCUGUGACAAUCUGUGAGAAUGAUGACGAAGUGUUUUUCCCCUCUUCCUUUUUGCCAGGUAGCCUUGCCUGCUGAUGG